UUAGGAGGCUAUGAAUCUUAUUAUAUAAUCGCCAAAGGCUUCGGCUAUCUUGAUGGCGACAUAGAUCCGCAGAAGGAAAUGACCCUUGAAGAAGUUCUAUAUUUAAUCUAUAACUCAAUGAAGUAA